AAUGCGUCAUGGCAAGUUGUCAUGGCAACACCCAGCCAUCGUCUGCUUGUCCUUGUCCAUGCUCUUCGUUAAAGAUUAAAGACACAUAGGUCGUCUAAUUGAACGAACGUAACCAAUCAUAGCUAAAAUGUUGACUACUGCUCGGCGUGCCUUACUUGAAAUUUCCCCUAUGAACUACCCUAUUGGUAAUACUAGAAGUCGAAAUGUUUUCCAAGAUUUCAGUUGUGAAAUAGGUGGAUCCUACCUCAGUUCAACAAUGAAGGUCCUCUUUUUGGGCAGUGGGGACCUGAGAAAUGUUCUCCAGAUGGCAACCAAUAAAAGUUCCAACAAAUGGGAAAUUCAUUUAAACGAUUUCAGUCCAACAGUAGUAGCUCGCAACAUUGUUAUAUUGAAAAUAAUAUCAGCAUUUGACUUCAAUCCUGAAGAUAAAGAAGACUUUGCUUUCCUCUGGGACAUCUGGUACAAUCUUGAGUGGCCAGAAAUCACUCGCAAAAAAUUUCAACAAAUUUUGAAGGACCUGCUGAAUGGCUUGCUGCCUUUAAAUGUCUCAAUUCCAAAAACGAGUCAAUUUGAGAUGCUUAAGGAAGUGUGGAGUACUUGGCUCUUAAUUUCAUCAGAAUCUGGAUCUAAAGCAAGUUUAUUUAUGAAGAAAAUUGAUGAUGAAAGGAAAGCGUUUGUUUGCCAUGGAUGGGACAAAAUGUAUCCAGGAGAAUUAGCUGAAGAAGCUAAGGUGACAAAUACCGAUUUUUUUUCGAUAGCGAUAGAUGGAAUAGCUGCUCACUUGGAAAGAAAUGUUGGGAUCGAAGGGUUGAAGGAGUCUGUAAGGCAAAAUAUUCGCGAUGAGGCCAAGCGCUAUUAUAAAAGAGGCAGUUGUCGACUUGAAAGUGAUGUCACCGUCGUGUGUGUUAACCCAACGAUGCUAGAUCCCGUAACGCUCUGCUGGGAAAACCAUCAUUCAUUGAGUCCUUUUGGUGGUUACUUGCCGUUUACUAAAGAAGAACUAGACAUUUCGAUCAAGAACAAGAUGAUGAUUCGUUCCUGCCAGAAAAUACUCAAGAACCUUUUGUCUUCCUUUCGACAGCGAGUUAUCAAGGACAAAAACUUUGAAGUCUUCUUCUAUUUAGAAGAUGCCCUAGAGUUUUGCUAUGCUGAAAAUGCCAACAAAUUUGAAGUAAUUGACUGUUCGAACCUUGCGGAUCACCUUGGAUUAGCGAAUUUGAUUCUCGCUUGUACCGAAAAAUUGUCGGAUCACCCGGAAGCAGUGUUGUUCACCGAGACCAUGAAUUGGGCCACAUUGUCAUGGUCUGUGAAACUUUACGUCGAGAAAGCUCUCUGCUGUCCUUUGAGCAUGAUUCCCACCAUGUAUGGAUUGCGACUGAUUAGCCGUGUCGAACUAGGAUCACCUGCAAUUUUCGACUUGCGAAGUCCAAUGGCGCCACCUGUUUCUUUGUGCUGGCAAAAACCACCUCCAUUUCGCAACAUCGUAAUGCUACCCUCCCCGGCGUUGGGCGAAUGCCUCGAUCGGCUAGCGAACGUUUGUUUUAACGUCAAGUUCCCUUUUUGUAUCAUGGGCGUUGUCCCUCCUGGAUCACGAUGUGGCAUGGUAUUGUAUACCCCACAAACAUUCAACUACGUAGUGAACUCGAUGAUUCAACGGCUUGGAGGAAACCAUUUUCUGAAGGACACCAAGAUGGAGCUAUUUCCUUUCUUCCAGUUAGCUAAAACAACAAUGGAUGCCUGGAAGAAUGGCCAGAAGAUCCUCAAGUUAUCAGCUAGUAUUCCUGCUGUGUCCUCCAAAAAAUUGGCUUCUUUGAAUGGUACCGCAUUACUUCGAGUGAUCCUUAUGCCGAAAUCUGCGUAUAGAAACCGCUGUGAUUUAUUCGGACCAGAUGUCCAUUACAUCGACAAUUUUCAACUUGUAAUGAAGAAGACCUUGACCGGAUUUGAAGAUAUUUCUGUUUCCUUUCUCUUGAUUCCCGAUCACGGCCUUGAAAAAACACACCUUGCAUUCGUUAUGGAUAUUGUUAACGGAGCAGAUGUUUUCGUGUUGGAGUCGCUUGAAUCAAUGCAAGUGGAGGAAUGGAGUCUUCCCUACCCAUUUGUUCCUAAGAAUUCCCAGCUUGAACCUCCUCGUUCGGAAGAAAUGCACAUGAAGGUCGAUAGCUGUUUCGAGUCCGAGGAUCAGUAUCAAUUGAAAAUAAAUGUCGCAGCUAAAAAUGUCUCAGGCUUACAAGUGUCAACAAAUCAUAGGGCUCCCUGUGAAUCUUGCCACGAAGUUACUUUGUCACUGGCCCAACCGGAUAACAUUGAGCCAUUGUCGCUGUCAUUUCCAUACCCGAUCCUUGUCGACGACAUCCACGCCACUCUUCAUCGCAAAGAUCAUUAUGUGAAUUUAGUGCUGAAGAAAGCAUUGUGGGAGCCCUGGCCAUGUGAAUGCCGACCUGCCAACUCGUGUGUUUUGGACAACGUCUUCGAUCCAGAAAGACUGAAACCUUGGAAAGAAGAAAACUUCCAAACCACUUUGUCCAGCCCUAGUUUUCAUACCUUGGAUAUUCACCUGAGGAGCCAGUACAACUUCCGUCAUUUGGAGAAUCCUUCCCUUUUGCUUGAUAAAUCCCCUUUGAACAUUGCUCGUGAUGUUGUAAGAGCUCUGUUUUUUAACCCCUCUCAUUGUGUUCGCAUUCAGCGGAUAAAUGCUUCAAUACCUGACUGGUAUCUUCGAGUCCAUCAUCCUGCUCUUACAACUCCAAAUGGCUCUCCAGCUCUCUUGGUUUCCGCUUUUGACUUCCGAUUAGCAGAAAAACUGACUACGGAUGGUAAAUGGAACAAGAAGAAAUAUGCGGAAAAUUUUUCGCGAGUGUUUCCUGAUUACGACCCCGAGAAGAUGAUGACAAUUGAAAUUGAAAAUGUGGAACAGUCGCAGUUCUUACGAUUUGUCUUGCGACUCAAUUCCACCAAGAUCGUACCCAGCAUUUGGCAGAAAAAGAAUGUCACUCUUGGAGAUGAUAGUCCGUGGAUGGCCACAUUCAUUUCACCUCUUUACAUCGAUUGUCCGUUUCACGAAGUAGAAUCUUCCGAUGCCCUCACUUCAACCAGAUCGACUGCAAGAGGAAAUGAUAAUAGUUGCUGCAAUGCUUGUAGUAAAGUGCCAGAGAAUUUGAAACGAUGCAGCCGUUGCCGAACUGCUGUUUAUUGCAGCGUAGAAUGCCAACGUCAACACUGGGCUCAGCAUAAAAAAGCGUGUAAGAAAGUUUAAUGGGAUAAAAACAUCAAAUUAAUGGCCUUAUUAGACGGAAUUUCGAGCCACUGGCUUUUUCGAGUUUUUUCUUUCUUUAUUUAGAAAACCCCAUAGUGGAUUCGCUUAAGUUGUUGCAUUUUCCUUUCAAGUUGAAUCAAGAUAAUCUGUUUUUGUGUUUUCGAAUACUUAGACUGAAGCAAAUAAAAUAAUUUGAAUGGUAAA